AUGUCAAGCUUUUCUUUGUCAACGUCCAAAUUCUAUCCUCGUUUUCAAUAUACUAAAGAGCAAAAAGAUUUACUCAAUGAAAGUUAUCGUCUCCAAUCUUAUCCAAAAUUAGAAGAAAAAGAACGUUUAGCUACAUUAUGUCAAUGUACAGUAUUGCAAAUCGUCAAUUGGUUUCAAAAUCGUCGUCGUCGUGAGAAGAAGUCAUUAUUAACAAAAGAAAAUUCAAUGAAAAAUGUUGGGUUUGUCCAGCUCUCAACAAUACCAUCGUCAUCUACAGAAAUUCCAUCAACAGCUAAUUCAUAUGUUCCACAAUUCUAUACACCUAAUCUGCAUCCGUAUUAUUCAUUUUCAUAUUCAUCCAAUAUGGCACCAAACACUCAUUUUUAUCAAGAUCACGAUUAUUAUCACCAUCAAGCGGUCACAUCAACUCCAUUAUGUUCUGCUCCGACAUCAUCUCUCAAUUGUUUCCCUGAUCUAAUGAUGAUGCAACAUUCAUAUUCAAAUCCUGUGGAUCCAAAUCUAACUCUUACCCGUCAACAGUAUCCAACAAAAUUUACUAAUUAUUUCACAGAACCCGAUUUAUUGUCACAAAAUUUAAUGUUGAAUCACAAUUUCAAUUGUUUGUAUGACCAACAAUUAGUGGAAGAGUUCAUUAGAAAUACAUCAAGAAAACAAGAGCUAGAUGCUGCCAGAAGAUCACUUAAAUAUUCUGAAUUAAAUGUUUUGGAAGGCAUUGUGCGAAAAGAGUAG